AACCACAAAUUUCUACAGUCGUCUCGCGCUUCUAAGUAUUAAACUCAGCCUAUGGUGCCAAAAUUGCCCGGAUGUCAUGUCCUUGUCUGAGUCAAUUAAGAUGACUGUUCGUGCCUUCUGUCCCCUUCAGCUCGGCGCCGAGUAUCAUGUCCUUGGUUGCCAUGAACUCUACGUGAGAGAGUCGUCUCUACUUCAAGUCAAUGGAGACCGCUUGAUGAAGCCUUUCUACAAGUUCAUGGGAGGUCCAUGUACAGCGUUUGCAUCUGGGUCCUGUAGUACAUGCGUUAAUCAACUCAGCCGUCCGGUAGAUUCUAUCUCAACAGCUGCUUCUUCUGCCACGGAGUCUCGCCCUCCCAAUGUAUAUAUAAGACCACCAGGAUAGCAGGCCAAUCACGUAAAUGCCUUUCAUGGCCUUGUCUCUCUUGCUGCAGUUGUCCGUUCUUGGAGGUGUGCUCUGGGCACUCCGCUCGGUAUACAUUCACUUCAUCGUUCGAUCUCCUCUGGACAAUCUUCCUGGGCCGCCUUCGAAGUCGUGGCUACUCGGUAGCCUACCGCAGCUCUUCAAUCGUUAUGCUUGGGAUUCCCACAAGGAAAUCUUUCACAAGUAUGGAGCGGUGUCCGUAGUGAGAGGCAUGUUUGGGCAAAGAAUGCUUUACGUCUUCGACCCGAAAGCUCUGCAUAACAUCAUAGUCAAAGAUCAAUACAUCUAUGAAGAGACUCCCGUAUUUCUGAACUUCAAUCGUCUAUUCUUUGGAAAUGGGCUGCUAGCCUCGCUAGGAGAGCAACAUCGUCGCCAGCGUAAGAUUCUUAAUCCGGUCUUUAAUAUCAACCAUAUGCGCUAUAUGACGCCGAUCUUCUACCGAAUCACGCACAAACUUCGGGAUGCGAUUGCGAAGCAGGUCGAUGAAGGCAACGAAGAGAUUGAUAUGUUAAACUGGAUGACGCGCACCGCCUUAGAGCUCGUCGGUCAAGGCGGUCUUGGGUGGUCGUUCGAUAGCCUCGAAAAGCCAGAACUCAACACGCUUGCGGAAUACUUGAAAGCUUUCGUGCCGACAGUCAGCCCGUUGUUCCUCUUGAUGCGCUUUAUGCCUUUCUUCGUACGCUUCGGAUCUCCUUCCUUGCGUCGUCGACUACUCGAGAUGAUUCCGCUCAAACGAAUCAGGGAUUGUAUAGAGAUCAGUGACGUCCUCGACAGAACGUCUCACGAAAUUCUCCGAGCUAAACGGGCGGCCCUAGAGGCAGGAGACCAGGCUGUCUCUGCACAGAUAGGCGAAGGGAAGGAUAUUAUGAGCAUUUUAUUGAGGGCUCAAAUGUCUGCUACCGAGGAAGAGAAGAUGCCAGACGACGAACUUUUGGGGCAUAUGUCAACUUUUGUCUUUGCAGCUAUGGAGACUACGAGUGGAGCAUUAGCCCAUCUUCUCCACCUACUGUCAGAACAUCAGGACAUUCAGGACAAACUUCGACAAGAGAUUACUACCGCUCGUGAUGGAAGGGACAACAUACCCUAUGACGAACUUGUGUCUCUUCCCUACAUGGAAGCGGUCUGUCGGGAGUCCCUGCGAGUGCAUUCUCCACUUGCAACCAUUAACCGAACAACGACGCAAGACAUUGUUAUGCCUUUAUCGUCACCCAUUCGCGGUAGAGACGGAAGUAUGAUCACAGAAGUGCCUCUUCCCAAGGGUACCGAUGUCAUGGUCGGUCUAUUGGGCUCGAACGUUAACCCUGCUGUGUGGGGCGAGGAUGCCGAAGUCUUCAAUCCUGAGAGGUUCCUCUCCCCUUUGCCAGAUUCGGUCACGGAUGCUCAUGUGCCGGGUGUAUACUCAAAUCUUAUGACGUUCUUGGGUGGAGGUCGUGCAUGCAUCGGCUUCAAAUUCUCACAACUCGAAAUGAAGGUUGUACUUUCUGUCUUGCUCGAAAACUACAGGUUUGAGCUACCGAAGAACAAGGAGAUUUACUGGAACUUCGGUGGUGUCCAGUAUCCAACUGUGGGUCGAGUGGAUGACAAGUCUCAACUGCCUCUGCGUGUCUCGUUGCUAAAAUCAGGAUAACGGUCGGACGGCACAGGCAGGACGGAGGAAGAAGCACAUUGUCUGCUCAUGCCUUGGUUUUCUACAUGCAGUAAACAGUCCUCACGUCAAAUAGCAAAGUCUAGUUGAAUACUAACGGUCACAGAAUUGGACACCACACUUAAUCAUACCACGUCAACUUUCGACCUAACGAGGUCCAGUAUUUUGACCUCACGCCACAGUGUUGGAACCUUGGAAAACUAUCUUAAUCUGACCUUUUCAUGUGGAGACCCCUAUACUCGCAAACCGAAGAUGAGCUUAUACUUGGAAUAUGCUGCAAAUCAUGCCGUCUUUGAUUCUACAUCUCGGAACGGACUUUGGGGUACAAGUGAUUCUCGUUCCACUGUGCCACUAGAGGCACUAUUCUUGUUAGUUUGGUCCUGGCUGUUCACACUAGUACGUGGCAGUAUUUCUGCGGAUUCGGAUGAUGAUGCGGGGUCUCAAAUGAGGAUAAGUCCUUUGCCCGUCUUGAAACAACGAAGUUCGGCCAGUCUUCCACUAGUCCUUUUUUGAAUGUCAGUCCUCGGGUUCCUCAACGAGCUCUCUUACCUCCUUAUCUAACGUGUAAGUACGGAAACUUAAUUGUCUCGC